AUGGAAGGAGCACCACCGCCAAAGCCUCGUCGGACACGACAUAGAAUCAGUGCCAUGCACUAUGAAUCCCUGCCCACGGCUCCGCCUGCCAUGUGCGGACGGACCGAUGAGAACAUCUUCCAGUUUCCAGCUGUGGCCUCGCGGGCACGCAAUCUCUCUGCUUCGCCCAAGCUGCGCGAGGAGAAGGAUUUGCCCGUGUGCGAGCAUGGAAAGCAUAGUUGUCACUUCUGUCAGCCCUACCGAGCGGAUCGUGGCACGAUUGAGCCGCUCAAGAAUCGGCUCAACACUGCCAUUGAGGCCAUGGAUCAACUAACUCGCACAUGUGCAAUGCUUGAGGGCCUGUUGGAGCAGAAACUUGCCACCAUCACGGACAAUGACGAGGAGUCGGCAGCCGGAAUGGAGUCGGAUAUGAUAGCCCUCAAUGCUGCUUCAACUUCAACUUCAACCUCAACUCUGACUGCAGCCAGUGCUCCUGCUGCUGCACAAGCUCCAGCCACAUCCACACCCACCGCCGACACCGAAUUCGAGUUGGAGCACUCGUUGACCUGGCUGGAAUCCCUAUUGGGCACCGAGGUGGUGCCUCCCACAAAGCAUGGCAAAUUCAAGCGAAUACGCGAGCGCAGUAAGUCCAUGAUGGAGGAAGAGAUAAACAUGUAUUUAAAGGGCGACCGGCAGAUGAAGAACUCCUCUAGGCCAUAUUUGCUGCGCCGGCAGAGCACCUACAGCGACAACAAGUCCAAGGUGUCCAAGUGGACAAAGGUGAAGGCGGCUUUCAAGUGGGAGCGGGCCAAUGUGCCGCCCACAGCUGCUCACGAUUCCAAUACAUUGAUGCCGCUUAAUCUAGAAGUAGAAAGAUAUUUAAAGGUGCCAAUAAGCGGCGCAGGCGGCAGCAGCUCCGCGGACAGCAUCAUCAGCUCCUCGUCGGGUCACUUUUUGAGCGAAACGGGCGGCACACCUGGUACCAUCAGCUCGGCCAGCUCCUUGGAUGAGCUGCAAAUGGAUGCGGGCAGUCGCCAGCCAAUGCGGCGACAUUCAGCGAAGGGUGACUCGCGGCCCUCCAGCUAUGAAGUGGAGCUGCGUAAGUCGGCCACGGAUGAGCGCUUGGAUACGGCCAAGUGCUCGCUGCCAAGCAAAUCAUCAUCGAAUAAGUCUCUACGUCGCUCGCGAGCCUUCUCGGACUUUGAGGUGCUGCCCGAGGAUCAUGUGGCGGACAUUAAGGCGACGACCAGUCGCCGGAACAAGCUGCCGCCCAGUCCUUUAAAUCUCAAUCAGGUGUGCAGUGAUCUGCCGCAGCUGCAUUCUCCGCUCAAGAGUCCAAAGGAUGGAUCACGUAUGCGUCAAGUGAACUCGCCGGGAAACUCUUCGGUGCCGAGCAGUCCAUCCAGGCAUUCGGAUUUCUUUGGUGAAUUUGAGAGCGAGGAGCUAUCAAGUGGAGUUUCCUCGGAGCCCACGACGCCAAACUGUAAGACUUUCACACAGAACGAAGAUGAAGUAUUUCAACAUUAUCAACUUCUACUACUCAAACUAGAUAUGGAGUUCAAGCACAAGCAAUGCGAACUAAAGCGAGCCAGCGCGAGCAAUCGCAGUAAGCCACACGAUAGACAUUCAGGUAAUCCACCGACCACGCCUAAUCCCGAUUCUAUUCCAGGCGUCAAGCUCAGCAGUGGUGGCCCAGGCAGCGUCAGUGGCAGCGGCAAGCGCAGCAGCGAGGAGCAUUCACCCACGCAGCUGCUGCACAGUGAUCUUAUGUCCACCGAACAGCUCGAGCAGAAUUUGACGCCGCAGUUCAAGAAGAAGCUUCACAAAUGGCGGGCCAAGCAGCAGAGCUCCAAUUGCUAUGCCACCUCCGAGACAGCGGCGAGUCCCACAGCCAAAAGUCUAAGUGGCGGCGAUAUAAAGCCAAAAAUCGACUGGAAUCUUUGGAGCUCGGGUGCAUUGAAGCUUGAGGGUCAGGGCCUGUGCGCGCUGCCAGACCAAAAGGAUUUACCUGAAAAGUUUCAAAAAAAGCUGGAGCAAUGGAACCGCUUGAAGUGUACGCCCGUCGGUGGCACCAACUCCGACAAUGAUUCUCUCAAGCGCAGCUCCAAGCACAAUCAGUCCAGCCGGCGAGGCUCUGAUGAUGAUCGCUGGUACAAGCACAAGCCGCACGAAAAGGAAAAAUUGGCACGCCUUAAAGCUAUCGUGGCACCGGAUCAUACAUCUAAGAAUAUUGAGGUGAAGACCUCAGAUGGCGAGGUGAGAAAAUUCGAGGGCAUCUCUCGCAAAUUUACACGUAAGCUUUACGAGUGGGAGAAGGCCAGAGGCAUCGGACCAGAGGCCUCCACGUUUGCGCUGCUCCAUCCUGGCUACAGUCCUUUAUAUGUGGGUCUCAUCAACAAGGAGUGCAAUAAAAACAACCCCGAGCACUCACCGACGCUGAGCCGCUCACUAUCGCUGGAUAGUGUGGCGCCCAAUGGCAAUCAGGCUCCGGUCAUAUCGCAGCAGGCCUCAUCCUUGUCGCUAAACGAUGUCAACGAUUUUAAGGAGAUGCAGGACUGCACAGAUUCGCCGGAUCAGGAGUUCAAGAAGUACGACGAGCCCGAGGCAGUGAUGGUCGAAGUGGAGGAGCACAUACACGACACCGCCUCCCCGCUGGUUACCGCCCACACGCUGGUCGAGCAGCAAACGCCCAUCUACAAGUACGAGGAGGUGCAGUGCAAUGACUAUGUCAACUCGCGUCGAGUUCAGAGCUUUGAGUCACACACGAACCUGGCCCCGCUGCUGGGUGCACUGAAACGUGCCGACGAGCUGUUUGCCCGGCUCAAGCAGGCCACCGCAGACAUCGUGGAGCAUGUGGAAAUGCGGGAUUGCCAGGCGACCUUGCUGAGCAUUCGCAGUAUUUAUCUAUACUACUCCAACAAUUUGAUGAAACCGAACGUGCUGAAUGCUGUGUCCGAUGUUCAGAGUGACUUGGGCCGUCUGGCCGAGCUGAUUGUGAAGUCACCGCUGGAUGAGGCAUGCUGUCAGGAGACAAUGGCGGAGCGCACGACCGAGUACUUGGAGGAGCUUCAGGGUCUACACGAAUCGCUACUCUGCCUAAAGUUGAGCAUACAGGGCGGCACGACUCGUUUCCCCCGGGACGUUGUGCCGGACAUCAACAUAACGGCCGAGGACGGGCAGCAAGUGGAGAGCAGCUCUACCUAUGCCACUGGCGAUGCUUCCAGCCGCGAUCAUCUGACGCUGGAUGAGCACAGCGCCGCCUCGCCUUCGCCCUCGCCCAGGGAGCAUGAGACCGAGACAAGCACCACGACAGGCACCCUCUGCCGAGCGAGCAGCUCUGUGACUGCAUCCAAGAAAAAGCUGCGCCUGCGCAAGAUGGGCUCGCGUCAGAAUAGUAAAACCGAGAGCGAUAGCAGUGAUGCGGAUACACAGAGUGUGUUGGAGACACCGCGACGCAUACGCCGCAAGAACUUCCGGCUGAAGCAGCGAUCAUUAGAUGAUGAUUUUCGCCUGAGCUCUGUGACAACGACGGGCCAUGCGCCAUCGGCCGAGCCAGAGGAAAUCAUUUGCAGUUCGCUAAAAGUGAAGCCUGGCGAACGCAUCGAGGAGUCGCACAGCAUAGCCAGCAGUAUAGCCCAGCCGAUCGCCAAGCAAGCUGGCUUCGUACCACCGCCGUUGCCGGAGCAGCAUGCACGCAGCUACAACACCAAUGCCAAUGUGUUUGUGAAGACCAAGCGCAAGCUAUUCACUGCAGUGCCGAAGCCCAAUGCCCCCGAGGGCAUAACUGUCAUAGAGAAGGAGCUGGAGAGUCCCACGUAUAGCGUCGAGGAGGCACAGUCUCCCAUAUCCAAGGUGCCCACUAAGCAGGCUGCGCCACGUCCUUUAAGUCUAUACAAAUCCAUCAGCUUGGAGCGCCUGUUGCCUCUGCGAGCCAAGGAUGAGUUGCGCAAGUGCCAGAGCGCCAAUGAUGUGCAUCGAUCGUCCAUUCCGGUGCGUGCUCCACUUGCUAGCGAUAGCAUAAAAUGCCUGACGCGCUCCAAGCGUCACCUGGGCAUGUCCGCAUUUCCCCAAGCGCCUCCGCGCAAAGCGCAUCUCUACAAGAAGAACUCGCUGCACAAGUCGCAGAGCGCCACAGUUAGCAACAACAUUGAGCACAAGAUUGCCAAGACCAGCUCUGGGUCCUCGGUGAGCAAGGCCUGGCCAGCAUCGACGUCCAUAGUAUUGCCCAACAAGCAGGACAAUACACUACCACGCAUACAGCGCAAGCUGGAGGCCAAGGCAAAGGUUAUGCACACCCCAACCAAGGCAAAGCACUUCGAGUUCCCAACAUCCAUCAUGGAGCCCCAACGUCCGAUGACGCCGAUGUCUGAGCGCGCCUUGCGACUGCAGCAGGCCAAGGCAGAGUUUUUACAGAGUGCACCAGUGACGCCCAGGCAGGAGCCCCUGACUCCCAUAGCCAUGAACAAUGUGCCCUUGCACAAGAGCGUCAGUGCUGGCAGCAUGCGGGGCGAUGUGGGCUGCUCGAUAGAGCAGCUGCAGCAACGACAACAACAAGAAGUGACCACGGAUCAGGAGAGUGUCAGCAACUCCAGCGCCUACGAUAGCUUGCCGCGCACUGUCACGCGCUCGGCACGGAUCUCCAGCAAACUGGGCUUUGCCACGCUGGCCUCCAAGCUGCGUCGCGGCGGCAAAAAGCCCAAGGAACCACCGGCUCCCAUGCCGCCAGGCAGUGCAUUGUCCGCACUCUGUCGACAAACGCUGAUGGCCGAUUUGGUCAUUGGUGGCGAACACCCACCACCCAGUCCCUCUGCGACCACAUCGGCGCCCGCUCGCAAUGUGCUCAAGUCUCAGAGCUCACCACAAGCGGCCAUAUCGAAUUUGCAUGCCAGCUACGAGGGCCUCAACAAAUCCCUAAGCGAGCAGUAUGUGCGCCAGCUCAAAGAGAGCGACGUCUAGUCAGCCAUAUAUGUAUGAGCACCUAAGUCCUCUAACUUCAGAUCUAAGCAUAUCAGUGAAUGUCAUCAGAUUGGCUACCCAACAGCUUACCAAAUAUAUUAUACAACACAAUAGUAAA